AUGGCUUCUUACAACAACAACAACAUCUGGCAUUGUAUUUCCUCCUCCUCGUACGGUGACCCCUGCCUGGAUCUCUUUUUCGACGCCCUCAGACCAGAAUAUAGAGAUGUUAACCCCUGCCCUAAAUAUCUUGAGCAACUGCUUCCCUUGGCCUGGUCCCACGAUCCCCUUACCACCCUCAAGCUCAUCUUCACCUUCCAUUCAAUCUAUUUUUCUGAAAGAAAGUUCGACACGGCCGUGCUUUGGCUCCACCACAACCACCCCAAGUCUCUGUUACGCAACCUCCACUCUAUUGCCGACUUUCCUUUUGUCGACUGUCCCGGCGGUGAGAGUUGGUACCUUGUCCAAAUUCUCUACAACGUCCUAGUUCAGAAACCAGACGGCCAAGUUCACGACGCUGCUGCGCAUCCGCAUCUUCAUCCCGAGAGGUACCACCGUGACCCCGAUUAUAGAUUGUUACACGAUCGGGUUAUACAUAUUUUCGUGGAGCGGUUGAAAUCUGAUAUUGACAAAAUGGAGCAAUCUGAUUAUAUCAGUGAUGCUGCAGCGUGUUGCACUUCCACACUAUUGUGGGACAAGCACUGCACGAGCACAAUUUUUCUGUGUGAUAGCAUUGCGAGAAGGCUUUCCCUUCCAGGAUCAGAUCAAUUAGAAGAGGAAUUUUUGGUGCCUUUGACCAAUUACGACAACAAAAAGAUUAAAAAGCAGAAUCUGGAGGAGGAGUAUUUGCACAAGGUGAAAGCAGCAGCAGAUUUAGGAGGCGGCAUUGGCAUAAUAAAGCCGGAUGCUUUGCUUCCGCAUCAGUUCAUAGGAUAUGUAGGAGAUAAGGAGAAGGAGGGUUUCGGCGAAGUAAUUGAGCUUCAGUGGAAGGCAAUGGUGGACUUGUACCAAAAGCAGGGCGAGGAUUUGAGCAAAUUCAAAAAUAUGUUGGUGGUGCCCCAGUGUCGACUGAAAUAUCAUUUAGAGAUUGGUUUGGGACUUUUGGUGUCUGAACUGAGCGAAGAGCCAUGGAAAGGAAAGUUGAUUGGUGGAGGAGGUGAGCCAUUCUUCAUACGAGGUGAUAAUGAUCUCAAGUCCAAGUGCGAGUUGUGGUGGAAAUCCGAUAAGUCUAGUGUUUUGGGUGUGAUUGAUUUAAUUUUGGAGGUGGGUGUGAAUAUGAAUUUGAAGGCAGGGCAGAUGAUCAAGAAGGUGAUUGUGUUCACUGAACUAGAAUCAAGGGAGUUACAGUACCAGUUGCUCCGGAGCGAGUAUGAGGCAAUACAAAGCAAGUAUAAGGACAAAGGGUACGGGAAUGAUGCGGUGCCACACAUUUUGUAG